AUGUCGAUGCACGGGCUCUUCAUGAGCUGGCUUGCGAUCUGUCGUAUCGUGUGCCAGCUGUGCGAUGCGUUUAUAAACACGCCGUUGCUUCUCCUCUCUGACAGCUCUCACGCUUCCUCGCGAGGUCUGACUGCACUGAUCACUUCCUUCUUUCUCGAGGUCUUACCGCCGAGCCCCUCGUUUAUACGUCCCACGCCACACAGUCACCUGCACACAUGCUGGUGCGGACUCUUUGACAAUCACAUCUGGAGGCUUUGUGGAUUUAGCAUGUCAUCCUCUCGCGGUAAUGGGCCAUUUUUUGUUCACAUUGAAAAUCUCCCAGACAGAUACACAUGGCAGGAUCUGAAGGACAUGAUCAGAAGGCGCGCUGCCCAUGGCGUCUGGACAGACAUGGCUGUGUUGCCGAACGGUCAACCGGGUGGGAAGGGAUACGCCCGUAUCCAAAGAUCAAAUGAGGCAUCCGACCUCUACAAGUAUCUGACCCAGAAUAUCAUCGAAGGCCGAAGACUUCGAGUGCACCUAUGGGAUACCAGUGAAAUACCAGCCAACUUCAUUACAUGCAACUGCAACAACACCCAAAUCCAUCCAUCCGGCCAACAAAUCGCUCAAUGGGUCGCCCAACCCGGUUGGCAAACAUUCUCCGCCACAUCACCCAUCUCUAUGGCACAGCCCGCGCUAUACCCUCCACCGAGCACGAUGCCCACAAUGAUGCCUCCGUCAGUGCAGCAGCCGCCCAUGCAAUGGAGCGCAGAUCAGCUCACUUUGGCAAUGUCUAGGGUGGGCCUGGAUCCACGAAACCCUGCCGACGUUCAUCAGUAUACCAGGCAGGUAUGGUCGGUCCGUCAGGCGCCGCAACAACAGUACCAGGCACAAGGAGGCGCUCAGCAGUAUCCGCGGUACAUGGCGAAUUCAACAGGUCUACCAACAAACACCAGCCAAGGAGUGAUCAGGACUGAGGCACGUGGCAUCUUCAUCAGCGGAUUGAAUUUCAAGGCCUGCACUCGUGAUAUUGAGCUCCACUUCGGGGAAGCUGGGGAAGUGGUCAAAGUGGACCUCCAGAAAGAUCCACAAGGCAAAUCGAAGGGCAACGCCACCAUACAGUAUGCUUCGGCAGAGGCUGCACAGAGGGCGAUCGAGAUGUUUCACGGCGAAAGAUUCCAAAACAUGAGGAUGAACGUCCGGAGAGACAAAGAAGCAACGGCGAUCAACGCCCCGCAGCCUACAGGCACAGUCCAAUCAGCAGCUCGCAGGACAGAGCAGCCAACCAUUGUGAAUGGUAGCCAGGUGCGUCAAGCGAUGCGAGCAUGA